AACUCAUUUCUCGCGCGCAAGUUUCAGAAAAUCCUGUAAAUUCUCUCAUUUCGUCCAAUUAGUUUCAGUUACGGCCCGUUGACUCAGCUCAACUUACCGGAGUUCUCAGGAUCUCGCCGGAAAAUUCUCUGCUAGUUUGCCGCUGCAAAUUUUUUCUGAAUUGUUAAGGCGGAUCGGACUUGAUGAAGAACGGGAUGAUAAAGUGCAGCGCAUGUCAUUCUAAUUUUGUUUCUACAACAGAAACUAUUUCAAGUGCAAAUGAUCAACACAGAAGCAAGAAAUCUUCAAAACCACUUGCUCUUAGUGUCCUUUUGGUUGUAGGUGAUUGUAUCCUUGUUGGUUUACAGCCUGUUUUGAUAUUUAUGUCGAAAGUGGAUGGAGAAUUCAAGUUUAAUCCCCUAAGUGUCAACUUCUUGACAGAGGCAACGAGAUUUCUCUUUGCAAUAGCAAUCAUUUUAUUACAGCCAAGAGUCUGCCGGAAACAGUCUCUCUGCCUUCUUGAAGGAAGGGGUAAGUCCAGGUAUCAAAAAGUUGGAGAAAAGCCACUUCUUUCAGCAUCCACUUUUGUACAGGGUGCGCGCGACACUGUCCUUCUAGUUGUACCUGCAUUACUCUAUGCUAUCAAUAACUACAUGAAAUUCAUCAUGCAGUUAUAUUUCAAUCCAGCAACAGUGAAGAUGCUGAGCAAUCUAAAGGUUCUGGUUAUUGCUGUACUGCUGAAAGUUAUCAUGAAACGCCGAUUUUCCAUAAUUCAGUUGGAAGCUCUUGCUUUGUUGCUUAUUGGAGUUAGCAUAAAUCAACUUCAAUCUCAUCCUGAAGGUACCACUACUUUUGGUCUUCCAGUUACAGCAAUUGCAUACAUCUACACACUGAUUUCCGUUAUUGUGCCUUCUUUGGCCUCGGUAUACCAUGAAUAUGCUUUGAAGAGCCAAUACGACACAAGUAUUUAUCUUCAGAACUUAUGCUUAUAUGGAUAUGGUGCUAUAUUCAACUUUCUUGCCAUUCUUGGGAUGGCUAUAUUCAAAGGUCCGAGUAGCUUUGAUAUAUUGCACGGGCAGUCAAAAGAAACCAUGCUUCUGAUAUUUAUUAGUGCAGCUCAUGGAAAUCUAUCCUCCUUUUUCUACCAAUAUGCUGAUACAAUUUUGAAGAAGUAUUUGGCGAUUAUUGCAACACUAUUUACAGGCAUAGCAUCUGCUUUGUUGUUUGGUCAAACGCUGACGAUAAACUUCAUUCUGGGAAUUUCUGUUGUGUUCAUUUCAAUGCACCUGGUACUGAGAUUCAAAGAAAUUUAUACCCUUCUGGUUAUUGCCUUUUUAUAUAUUCUUCGGGUUAAAUUUAAACUUUUUUUUAUUCUUUAG